ACGCGGAGGCAGCGGGACCGUCACGUGACCGUGCGCCAGCCAAUGGGAUGGGAGCGGCUCUGAGCAGAACCCGUGGAUUCCGGUCGGCAGAUUCGGCAGAAAGAGCGUCCCCUCCCCUGAGGUAAACCCGGCCCACCCUCGGGGGGUAAAACCCGGCGGGGCCGGCCCUCAGGUCCCGUUCCCCACUGAACGUGGUGAAACUGCGGCAGGCUCAUUGUGCACCUGCUCCUCUAGGAUUCUGGCACCGAUGGAGGCUGAAGUUCUAGAAUUACGCAGCUUCGUCAGACAAGCCCUGGCUACCCUGUCCACCUCCCGAGACGGUGCAGAAAUCACAUGCACCUUGCAGGCUGUGAGGCAGUACGUGGGGGUGACCGAGGACGGCAAAUGCUCACUACGGAGCCGAGAGUUUUUAAACACACAUUACCCCCGGUUUCUGCAGGUGCUGGUCAGUAACUUCCAAGCUGAUUGGCUCCAGUUGUUGCCUGUCAACCAGGAGAGGGAGCUACUGGAUGGGUUCUUCCUGGAUGGCCCUCCACAGCACGCCUUCCUGGUGAUGCUGGACACCGUCACUGCAGACAGCCCAAGCUUCCGGCAGGACCGGUGUGUGGAGAUCCUGGAGCGGUUCCUUCGGGAACACCGGAUGGGUCAGCUGAUCUGGGAGGUGAGUCAGGAUGGUGAUCCACCACACACAGACCGUGAGCUGCUGCUCGCCAGGAUUGCUGCCUUACCGGAUCACAUGGCAAACAAACUGCAGGGGAGAAACCGGCCAACAUUCUACCCACAGAACUACUACCCGCUGCUGAGCCGUGAGAUGCUGGGUGUCCUGGAGAGGGUCAGUCAGCAGCUGAGAGGUGGUACGGACAGUUCUCUCUCCUUCGUCUCUCAGCUACUGGGGAAGGUCUGCAUUCAGGGACACAGCGCUGCAGUUCUGGAGGUGUUGGUACCUCAGCUCACUCUUCUCACCCAAUCGGAUUGCAUUUGGCGACGGAUCUGUUGGCGAUUGGUGGACGAUGUGCCGGAGCGCUGGAUGGAGAGUGUGGUGUCCGGUGUGGUCCAGAGAGCGGAGGGCCCCGAAGUGUUAUCCCGACUGCUGGGCAGUAUUGUUCUGAAGAACAAGAAGGCUGAAUUUGUCCUCACUCAUAAAUUCCUGCUCUUGCAGUAUCACCACAAGACCUCUGUCCUACAAAGCCUGCUGGGAUAUCUGGCCAGAGAGAAGUCGCGGGACUCCCUGCUGAUAGAGGUGCUGAAGAAGCUGCUGGAGAUCUGGGGCAGCGGGAGUGCCGUCAGACACAGCCCCGUCGAACAGCAGGCGUACAUCAGCAAGGCCAUCGCCAUCGGUCUCGGAGAGCUGAGCCAGUCGCAGAUACAGCAGCACCGAGCAGAGCUCCUCUCUCUGAUGAUGGGGGGUGUGGACUGUCACCUGGACAGCAGUCUGGUGCGGGUGCGGCGGCUGGGGAUGGUUGUUGCAGAGUGCGUCAGUGCGAGGGUGGACACUGGAGAGCACCGUCUGACCUUCCAGUACGAGGAGGACGAUGAGACGAGGGAGAUCCAUUCACUCUGCAGUCCGAGACCCCUGUCGAGCUGGGACAACCCCCCACAGCCACACAGAAACGGAGAUGCACAGACGGACACCAGACAGGAACCAGCCGAGAGUGGAGGCCCCGUCCAGACAGAGUCUGGGUCCGAGUCAGAAUUGGACAGUGACGAUGAGCUGGUUCCCUACGACCUGUCCGCUGACUCGGAGCUGUGUCGCGGUCGAGCCCCGAUGUACGUCGGUGACUGUCUGGAGGCGCUGCUGACGUCGGACAGUCCCGAGCGAGUGGAAGGGAGCUUGAAGGUGGUGGAAGACCUGAUCCGAAAGAACCCAACCGCAGCCGCAGAGAUCGGUGUGGAACUCGCCAAGGUCCUGCUGCACCUUGAGGACAAGUUCAGCAUCGUGGGCUUCACCGGGCUGCGGCAGCGGGCACUGGUGGCCGUGACCGUCACCAGUGUCGUUCCUGUCACUCAGUACCUGACCUCAGAGUUCUACGCGGUGAACUACAGUCUGUCUCAGCGCCUGGACAUCCUGGACGUGCUGGUGCUGUCUGCCCAGGAGUUGGCCCAGCCUGAGCCCAGCACAGGAGCUGGCAGCCUGGCUGAGGAGAGCCGGGGCCCCCUCCCUCAGCUCCAGGAUGGGACGGUGUCUGACCCCAGCCGCCAGUGGAAGCAGAUCAUCGAGCAGAGGCUGCAGAAGAAGACCCACCGCUUCAGUAAAGGGGUGAUGACACCAGGACCUCAAGCCUCUCCCAACCGCCUGGCUCCGGUGGCGGGACGCUUCUUCUUCCCCUUGAUCAACAACUACGACAGACCUCGGAGUCCGUACGACUUCCUGUCUGAGCCGCUGAUGCUGGGCCGUCUGACACACGCCCUCGCCAUCCUGAUGUACCUGUCUGUGAAUGUCCCGAUCGCCAUCCACAUGGGCAAGGCUCUGCUCGGAUUCACCUGGGUCCUUCGCUACCACCCUGACACGUACGUGCGGCAGGGCGCACUGUUCGCCUGCUCCUCCGUGCUGCUGAGUGUUCCCAGUGACAGACUCCUGGCAGAUGUUCCGGACGAACUCCUGGAAGCGAGAUCCUGGCUGACGGAUGUUGCAGAGAAUGAUCCUGACACUGACUGCCGCAGACUGGCUCUGCAGAACCUGCUGCUGCUGGAAAACCUUGGGAAGAAACUUGGAAUCUGCUCAGAAUAAGUGGGUCCGUCCACUGCCAAGGGGAGAUGUUCUGUCCCCAUUCCCAUCCCUGAACUGUAGGAAGUUGGAGGUGGCGAUGGAUCCAGGGGACGGUACUGGUGGCCAGUAAAUGCUGAUCCGGAUGGUGUCACAGAGGGCAGGAAGGACCAGCAGCAGAAGCUGUGAGCCCUGAGGGUUACCUUCUCUCCUGUGGUGGCAGAGGUGGGUUAGUGGAACCAGUGGGCUCUGGCCGUCUGUGUGUCUACCUAGAGACACGGCAGAGACUUAAAACGUCACCACUGAGCCCAAGGAGCCUCAAUCGCAGGAUUUAGAAAAUCUCCAUGCACUGAACUCCCCACCUGCCCCAGGAGUGGUGAGUCUGGUGCCAGUCAGUGGCUGGAAAUGUCUUCUGCACUUGCAGCGGGAGUGUAAAUCUUCAGUAUAAAGUACGCUUUGUCUGUUGUGUAACGUUGGUUUCUCUGUGUGGUGCUGAGGGAGUGCGGACACAGUCCAGCUUUCUCUUCGGCAUUAACCCUGGAUUUGUUGGGGCUACCCUGGUCAUGGGUCACUGGAUUCCUGCUCUGACUGUGGCUUCCUGCUCUGCACAUCACACUGGUUGGACUUCAUUCCUCUUGUCAUUUCAAACGAUGAACAAAAUGUUCCAGAAACAAAAGGAUUUAUUUCCAUCUUUACAAAAUUAACAGUGUUUGUCAAUGGAGAGGAAUCAGAAAGCCAAUCACACCCAUUCUUCCAGUUAGUUCGUAGGGUUGGGUUACAUUCAGACUCGAAGGAAACGUGAAUGCCGCUCGUGACCUUUUGAACAGGAUCCUGUGUCAGUUGUCACAGAGCCGCAUCUUGUGGGAGCGAUCAGUUUACAGACCGACUGCUUAGAGCUUCAAAUAUCACUCCAAGGAGCUUAAAUAGAUCAUGUUUUAUCCAUGUCUCAAAGCCACGGGGCCUACAGUCACCACAGGGAAAUGGAGGGAGAUUGGAGCCCCCAGCGUUGGAAUUUUGUGCUGCUUCAGGUUAUAGGAAGCCCUGUCCCCACAUCGGAUAUCCCAGGACAGCUACAGCACAGGUUAGAGUAAACCUGCCUCUGUGCUGUCAACACUCCCAGGGGAUGGGUUAAUUACAGAGUGCCAUCUCCCUUCAUCCCCACUGGUGUCGUGCUUCAGUGAGAGUCUCAGAUUAUGACCAAGGUCAACAGUGCAGAGAUGGCAGCCUGUUACACAGGGCACCAGAAUCUGGGUAUGGGAUGGUCUCACACACAGUGCCAGGAGUUAGGAUGCUGCUCACCAUUAACGGCCAAGAACUCUGUGUCACCCACGCCCUGGUCAGUGGUUAAAGGAUAGGGAAGCUUUGUCUUUCCUGCUCACUCAACCUGUAGUCAAGCCUGAAGCUCAACCAUCUCAGGGACCACAGUGAUCAAGUUCCAAGUGAGCAUGAUUCUGUGUCUGACGAUCCUGUCCCAUUCCUGCCUCACCUCAUAGGUGGUGAGACAGCUUCAGGCAGUCAGGUGAGGAGUCAGUGGUGGCCUGAAGUUGUCCCACCGUGUACGAGGCAGGAAUGUGACACUGGGUCCCAGCACCAUCAGCUGGUGGAAGGUGGAGCAGUGGGUGAAACACACUUGUGUGAUGUGCUUAAACAAGAGUUCACCGAAUUUUUAAAAAAAUUAAAAUUGCACAGUGUUUCAUAAAACGGAUUCCAAUAAAUAAAGUGUUAUUUUACAAUAUAAAAUUUUAAAAAUUAA